CGUCGCAUGUCCACAUCAUUCCCAUGGACGCUCUCAUCUCCCUUCCCUCCCCCCAUACCUUCCACCUCUCACCCUUCCCCUCCAGACCCCCACACCCCCUCCUUUCUCUUCAUUUCCACCACCACCACCAUCGCUCCAUAAAAACCCAUCACCACAUCUUCUCUCCAACCAAACCCACCAGACUCAAUGCCCAGCUCUCCUCCUCCCCUGCCACAACCACCACCGAUCUCCCCGGCGACGAGGCCCUGGCCGGCGAUGAGAAAUUCAACUGGUUCGCCCACUGGUACCCGCUCGCCCCGGUCUGCGACCUCGACAAGCGGGCCCCCAACGCCAAGACGGUGAUGGGUCUCGACGUGGUGAUCUGGUGGGACCGGCAGGAGGGCUGGGGGCAGGUGUUCGACGACCGCUGCCCCCACCGCCUCGCCCCGCUCUCCGAGGGCCGCGUCGACCCUUGGGGCCGCCUCCAGUGCGUCUACCACGGAUGGUGCUUCGAUGGCGCCGGCAGCUGCAAGUACAUCCCCCAGGCGCCGCCGAACGGCCCUCCAGUUCAUACGUUCAAGAAGGCAUGUGCCGCUGUUUAUCCCAGUGUUGAACAGAACAAGAUUGUGUGGUUUUGGCCGAGCACUGAUCCUCAAUACAAGGAUAUUUUAAUGAAGGAAAGACCUCCCUGCAUUCCAGAGCUGGAUGACCCAUCGUACACGUCUACAAUGGGGACGAGAGAUGUUCCUUAUGGGUAAAAGCCGUUCUCAAACUCUUUUAAAUUGGCACAAACAAAGUCAAAUUCAACAUUUAUCAUCACAUCGUAGACCUGAAGUUAAUUGUUGGUUGAA